GGCGCCGGGUCCCGCGGCCAUAGCCGCGUCUUCUCUCGGCCCUGCCUCCAACCGGGGCUCGGGCCCGGGCCCGGGCCCCCGGGACAUGGACCUCCGGAGUGCGGAAGGCGACGGCCCCACCUCCAGCCGCUGGGACGGCGGCGCCGAGAAGGCAGACUUUACCGCCAAAAGGAAAAAGAAAGUGGCAGAGAUCUACCAGGCUCUGAACAGUGAUCCCACUGAUGUGGCUGCCCUUAGGCGCAUGGCUAUCAGUGAAGGAGGGCUCCUGACUGAUGAGAUUCGGCAGAAAGUGUGGCCCAAGCUCCUCAAUGUCAAUACCAGUGACCUGCCUCCUAUAUCAGGGAAGGACCUGCGGCAGGUGAGCAAGGACUACCAGCAGGUGCUGCUCGAUGUCCGCCGGUCCUUACGGCGCUUCCCGCCCGGCAUGCCAGACGAACAGCGGGAGGGGCUCCAGGAGGAGCUGAUCGACAUCAUCCUGCUCGUCUUGGAGCGCAACCCCCAGCUGCACUACUACCAGGGCUACCACGACAUCGUGGUCACCUUCCUGCUGGUGGUCGGCGAGAGGCUGGCCACGUCGCUGGUAGAAAAACUGUCCACCCACCACCUCAGGGAUUUCAUGGAUCCAACAAUGGACAACACCAAGCAUAUACUAAACUGUCUGAUGCCCAUCAUCGACCAGGUGAAUCCAGAGCUCCACGACUUCAUGCAGAGUGCCGAGGUGGGGACCAUCUUCGCCCUCAGCUGGCUUAUCACCUGGUUUGGGCACGUCCUGUCUGACUUCAGGCAUGUUGUGCGGUUAUACGACUUCUUCCUGGCCUGCCACCCGCUGAUGCCCAUUUACUUUGCAGCCGUGAUCGUGUUGUAUCGAGAACAGGAGGUCCUGGAUUGUGACUGUGACAUGGCCUCGGUGCACCACCUGUUGUCCCAGAUCCCUCAGGACCUGCCCUAUGAGACCCUGAUCAGUAGAGCCGGAGACCUGUUUGUUCAGUUUCCGCCAUCCAAGCUUGCCCUGGACGCAGCUGCCCAGCAGCAGGCAGAGAAGACAGCAGCCUCCACCUUCAAAGACUUCGAGCUGGCAUCGGCGCAGCAGAGGCCCGACACGGUGCUGCGGCAGCGCUUCCGGGGCCUUCUGCGGCCCGACGAGCGGACGAAGGACGUCCUGACCAAGCCGAGGACCAACCACUUUGUGAAACUGGCGGUGAUGGGGCUGACGGUGGCGCUUGGAGCGGCUGCCCUGGCCGUGGUGAAGAGCGCCCUGGAGUGGGCCCCCAAGUUCCAGCUGCAGCUCUUCCCCUAGAUGCCACAGGGGACGCGUCCUCAGCCGGACGCUAAGGUCUCACCCUUCCAUGGAAGGAUUGGAAGGGGGUGGAGUUUCCUUUAUUAAAAGGGUUUCUGUCAAGGGUUUUCUAUUCCUGCUGGCCCUCCCGCCCGCCCGCCAUUUGCCUUUGCUUCAGAGGCCAAGAGCGGAGCCCGGGUGGCAUCUGCAGGCCCGGCCACGGGACUCCUGUCCCUCCCGAGGAGGGGGCGGGACUCAGCACUCCCCCCGCUGCCACCUCUUGUAUUAGAGGAACUGGGUUUCUUGAGCGACCAGCGGCUCUGGCGACUCUUGGCUGCGCAGGAGUGAGCGGGCUGGGCCACCAGGUGCCUGCCGAGCCGCUCCCCCGGGUCUGUGUGUGGCGGCCGGGCAGCGACAGAAGGAGCCGAGAGCAGGUCAGACCUCGGAACAGGCAAGGGACAGAGGCUGCCAGCCGGGCCCGGGCCUGGCCUCCCUCGAGAGCAGCUCCGUUCGCUGGGCAGAGAUCAGACAGGCAUGAACUGGGUUACAGGGUAAAGCCUGCCUAUUUUCAGCCUAGAAGUCACUGGGGCAUUUCCAGUCAAACAGGAAGGGACGUCAGGUUGGAGGCCCCGACGUAAACUGGUUCUGCCUGCCUUUUUUCCGCCCUCUCUACUCUCCGGCACAUGCCACAUGAUGUUGCUUUUAAAAGACUCCUUUAUUACCAUUUUUAGAAUUACAUAUACCCAACGUGUAAAGGGCCCUCACUUUAAAAAUGAUAGUUCCUUCGUGGAAAAGAUAGUUCUCAUUAGAAGGAUGAGCUUCUAAGCCCCUGAACUUGCUCUCUCCCCAACUAUUUAACAACUCACUUGAGCUUGAGUUGCCGUGUGCCAACCACCCCGCCCUCCCCGAGUGCCCACGUGCCCAGCUUUCCUUCCUUCCCGCUGUCCUCAGGCCACUCUCCUUCCCCCAUGUAGGCACCCGCUCACUGCACCGGCUUCAUUGGGGGGGUCGGUUUAUCUCAACUGCUGGUCUCCUUCCUGGUUGGAAAUGGCCCUGGAAGUGUGUCAGCAACCAGACAGGGGUGCGCCGCAGCCUGCCCAGUUUGGGGACGCCGAGAGCAGCCAGCUCCUGCCCCGAGCUUCUUGAGGAUCUUCCGGGACAUAGGGGACAGGAUGGAUCCUUUGGUCCUUCCUGGACAGCUUUUCCCGUAAGUGAAGCCAGGUAUGUUCGAGAUGGACUCUGGCUUGAAAACAAAAGUGCCUUUUUGCUGCUUUAAAGAAUUGAGGCGGAGAGUGUGAAGCAGCCACGUCCUUUCAUUGUCCUGCUCUCUCGGGCACUGUUCUCUUGGCAGGUGUUUCCUUAAAGUGAACACGCCAGAGGUCCUCUCCCUUAGCAUACCCAGACCAGAGCGGAGGGCAUCUAGUGCACCGGGCAGCCGGUGGGCCCGGAGCAGUGAGGAGUGGUGCCUGCACCAAGUCUCGGGAAGGGACGCUAAGCACUUUAACAAAAGGUCAAAGUGACGGGGCAUUCUCUGUAGCAGGGUCCCACUUGGGGUGAGUGUAAUGUGGGUGGAUUAAUCUAGACAUGGGGGGGCGGAGUCAUGAAGACAAAGGAAAGUCUUCCAGGACCCCGAGGCAGGGAUGUGACAGAUAGUCCCAGUCUUCUCCCCCAGCCGGUGUGUCCCCUGUCAUCCUUAUGGCCUGCUGGUAGUACAGGCACCUCCUGCCAGGGCCUUUGGGCCUGGCUGCAGACACGAAAGGGACUGAUGGGCAGGAGGGCAUGUGACCAGGGUCCUGAGGCCACAGCCUUAAGGUCCCAGGAAGCAAGUGGCCUGUGCUGCUGUGCCGGCCUAAGGAGGGGGGUCCGGUGUGUAGCUUUGCUGACAUCAGGGUGCCCCGUGCCAGUGAGAAGAAAGCAGGAGCCUCUUGCCUUGAGGGGGUUUACUAUUCUGUAAAGAAUACGUGUAAAUGUUUUGUACAGAGCCCUGUGUAAAAUAAACAGCCACAUGUGGUUACUAA